AGCUCGGUGCUAUCCAGUUAGAAACCAUUGUACUACUAGACCGUACUGAAGUACACAGAGACGAAUACUAUAAUAACUUGUUAAAACCUGAGCGGCACAAUCAGAUUUAGCCAGUAAAGCAUAUUUUCGAGGAACUAAAGGAAAAAAAAGACGCUUACUAAAGCCGAACGACGACUAUAUUCUUCACCCGAAACGCUAGGCGGAGGGAUUCAACUGACUUGAGCAGACAUCAGAAGAGGAAAAGCCACCGUCUGAAUCCGCAUCUACUGCUCAUUCGCUAUAAAUUUUCAUUUUCCAGUUGAGCUUGGCUUUUCUCUCAGGUCUGCGCCCUUAUUUAGAUGGCCAGCUUCCCAGACUCUGUAAACGAAAAUGAUAUAGGUAAGGCAAAGUUCAUUGGUGAACUCCUGGUGCCUGUUGCUCCCUUCGACCAGAAGUCUGGGCGCGAGGCUUGGACAGUAGCCUUUGCACCCAAUGGUUCCUACUUUGCUUGGUCUCAGGGGCAUCGCAUUGUCAGGCUCGUUCCCUGGACAAAAUGCCUGAAGAACUUUUCAGCGGGCCAAGAUGGAGAGGCCACCAAUGCCUCAAGCCCCCGCCGUUUGUCGCGUCAGAACAGUGGCGGAGGCCAGGUCAUCCCGGCAAGCAGUGAGCCCCGCGAGCACACCAUCGACUGCGGUGACAUAGUGUGGGGCUUGGCCUUCGGCUCCUCGGUGCCAGAGAAGCAGAGCCGCUGUGUUAACAUCGAGUGGCACCGCUUCAAGUUCGGUCAGGACCAGCUGCUACUGGCAACGGGCCUCAACAACGGUCGCAUCAAGAUCUGGGAUGUUUACACUGGAAAACUGUUGCUGAAUCUGAUGGACCAUACUGAUAUAGUGCGAGACUUGACCUUUGCUCCUGAUGGCAGUCUCAUGCUGGUGUCUGCAUCCAGAGAUAAGACCCUCCGUGUGUGGGACCUCAAAGAUGAUGGUAACAUGGUGAAGGUAUUGCGGGGGCAUCAGAACUGGGUGUACUGCAGCGCCUUCUCCCCUGACUCCUCCAUCCUGUGCUCAGUCGGCGCCGGCAAAGCAGUGUUCCUAUGGAACAUGGAUAAGUACACCUUGAUCCGGAAGCUGGAGGGGCACCACAAUGAUGUGGUGUCCUGUGAGUUUUCACCAGAUGGGGCGCUGUUGGCCACCGCCUCUUAUGACACCCGGGUCAUCGUGUGGGACCACCAUAAGGCCACCAUCUUGCUGGAAUUAGGCCAUCUCUUCCCUCCUCCAUCACCUAUUUUUGCUGGAGGGGCAAAUGACCGCUGGGUUCGCUCUGUGAGCUUCUGCCCUGACGGCCGCCACAUUGCCAGCAUUACGGAUGACAGGCUGGUUCGUUUUUGGAGCAUAGAGGAAAGGGCUCCUCAGGCCAUUGCCUCGCUCUCUAAUGGCCUCUGCUGUGCCUUCUCUGCUGAAGGAAGUGUCCUUGCUGCUGGGACUCGUGAUGGCAGUGUGCACUUCUGGGAAUGUCCUCGUAGCAUUGCCAGCCUGCAGCACUUGUGUAGGAUGUCUCUUCGCCGGGUAAUGACCACCCAGCAGGUGGAGAACCUGGCCAUUCCCACGCCACUCCGCGACUACCUGACCUACAAAGUCAUCUGAUUCCCCCACCCAUCAUCCCAGCACAAUCUGACCCAAUUGCACCUGCUGCAGCAGCAUGCUGGAAACCAAGAAUUAUUUUCUGAAAUAUAAACAGUUUUUCAUAGAACUUUGUUGAACAAUCAAAAGCAAUGAGGACAGGAGAAAAAAGGUUUCUGUUUAACUAGCGGCCUCGACUGAAACCCCCACCACAUCCACCCUCAGCAGGAAAUUAUGUUGUUUUGUAAAUAUUUAUUUUUGUAAGUAAAGGAGUGCCCUGGGUCUAGCGCACCAUUCAUACCUGUAAGGUCAAGUUCUUUCUGAGGCCUCCAUCACCUUGGUGUGGCACCUGUAAGUGUUCAGCUCCUCUUCCAGCUGGCUGCAGCUCUCCACCAGGUUCAGUAAACCCUUCAUCUUUUCUUCCAACUUGAAACGGCUAUUGCACUUAUUGUCAGAAGCUUUGCAGCUGUGCUUGCCCUUAAUGUCAGGUUUUCUGUUUGCACGUGGGUGAGCUAAAGGGAAGAGACAUAUGGGACACAAGACACAUGUUUAAGGAUGCAGAGUUUUCAAGGCCAUUACUCAGAUCUGUGAACCACUGAUGUAGUGGAUGUAUAGUAUCUUUACAUUACAUUAAUGUCAUGGCAUAGAAGAAAAACAGUCAAGCGGUUAUUGGUCUCUUUUUUUUCACGUUUUUUGAAUAUCUCUGAAAUAGUACUAACACCGCAAUGACACACUCGCCUGACUCUAAAAACACAGAUUUCUUCAACAAAUCAGCCCUUGACUGAUCCAAUACAAUAUGUAACAUUGUUUCAAUUCAUUUCUGCAGUUUGGUGACACAAGAAACAGGCAGAGCAAGAAUUCUCAAUUAUUAGCAGCAGCAGAAGCUAGCUAUCAGGCUAGCUGUUUCAAUAGCCAAUGUGAGACUGAUAAAUGGUGCAGGCAGAUUUAUUGGUAGAUGGUAGAUGUUAGAUGUUAGCUCAUUGUAAAUAGAUUGGUAUUGGCAUAUUCAUCAGCUGGUAAAUAACAAAAAUUGAAAUAGAGAAAAACCAAAGAUCCUUUUUUGAAAUGGUGUCACUGUUUGUCCAACAAAGUAGUGAAGUUUAUUUUUUUUUUUCAACUGUAAAAUGUCCUGCCCAUGACACUUGUUGGUAACAAUUGUUAGGUAAAACUAAUUUAAAGUAACUAAUAUAAUAUUAUUGGAUUUAAAAAACAAAAAAACAAUUUAAUUAUCAAUAUCGGUAUAAACCACAACCACAAGGAGAUCUGUUGGUUUAGCAGAGAAUUCGGGGUUAUGUUUAUUAAUACUUGUGUAACACGACCUUUAGGACCCAUUGUCUUUGUUUUUGCUUUAAAGCUACCCUGUGGAGUUGGGGUUAGAUUUAGGGUUGUGACCACUAGUAUGGAGCAAAGUUUUAUUUAGGGGCGCCCCUUUAAAAAAUUGUCAGUCGGAGGCCCAUCAGUCAAAUGAGAUUGCUUCAAGUCGAGUUUUUUUUUUUUUGGUGGCUAUUAACUGUGCCUUGCAGGAUUUGCUGUGGAGCGAGCACUCUUGACUUUGACACUACUCUUUGGUACAGACAGCUGCAGUCCUGAUGGAGCAGCACAGAGAAGGAGAAACUCUGCACUGUAAGGCUCUGAGAUAACACUGUCUUCACUCUUCUGCUUGGCAGUGGUGAAUUUACAACUCACACAGUCUCUGGCUUUUGUUUGAUAUCUAGUGCCAGCAAAAAUGUUGUAGCACAGUUAAAUCUGUUGUUAGUGCCGCUAGCUAGUUUACUAUAUUACAUGAAUGUCAGUGUCACACUGAACAUCCCUCUGAGCCCUGUUAAAACUUACAAACUUUUUAUGGAAAAUCGUUGAAUAUUCUUAAGUCUGACAGACAUAAGCCUGAGUUGGGUACAGCCCUAAAUGAGUAGGUCACUAUUUAUUUUGUAUUGAAUGCUUGAGUGGUCAACAAGGCGACAUGUUCCUCCUAAUGGUUUCACAUUUUAAAACACAGUAAUGUAUCAACAAAGGCAGGGAGUAUAGUUAAUAGUAGAUGUAAACAAUGCAGGCUCUAGAAAGUCUAAAAUUGCCUUUGCAGAGCAGGAAUGCGUUCAACACAGCCAUCAGUCCUACAAACAGUGUUUUUGUGAGAAACGCUGAAUGUAAACAUAACUUCGUUUACGAGAAAACUCCACAGGGUAUCUUUUACAUCCUUCCUAAAAUGGCCCCUAAUAUGUGCUACCUAACUGCACUGUCGGGGUUUCAGCAAACUGCAAACCAACAUUUGGUCCAACCCUGACACACUGCAGGUGCAGUCCACCCACUGCCCACCUGAAUUUACGUGUGUGUGUGUGUGUGUGUGUGUGUGUGUGUGUGUGUGUGUGUGUGUGUGUGUGUGUGUGUG